AUGUUAGCAACAAUAGCACCAAACUCGUUAGUCAUUAACCCAACAUCUAUGUUAGUAGAGAUGAAAAGCUUCAUUCCUUCUUCAUAUACUUUCGAAACAGAAAUCCAGAAGAUAAAGCAAGAACUUCUCCAAGGAGAUUUAGAUUGCACUGCAAAAGAUGAAACAAAUGAAGAAUAUCUUUAUGAAAUGCAGGAUAUUAUUGACCAUCUACCUAAACUUCCUGAAAUACAACAACAAAAGCUUACUAUUCCUGAAUUCGAUGAAAUUGAAGUCAAAGCAACUGACUCAGUAGAAAUAAAGAAGUUCAUACGUAAGGUUAACUAUGAGUUUCUUGGAUUUCAUUGCAACCACAAAGUCAUGGACAAAGAUUGCGACAUGUUAUAUAAGAAUGUUUCUGACAUAUAUAAAUCUGGGGAGUUUAAGACAUACGACAACUUUGUUUCGUUAGUUGCAAAAUGUGUAUGGCAGAUAAGAGAUAAAGAUAGAAGAGGUAAAGUAUGGAAUGAACAGAUAAAACCCGCAACUUUUGAGUUAAAGAAAACCAUUGACGCCUUAGUUGUACUUGCAGGACAAAUUUCAAUGUACAAUGCUAAAAUGAGCCCACAAUGUUCAAAAUGUAAAGCAGCAAUGAGGAAAUAUAACUACUCCGUCAAAGAGAUAGAACGUAUGCGAAACGACUAUGCAGAUUUAAAGAAAGAAGCAGAGAAACCAGCAGAAGAUAAAGUUAGUAUGACUAUCUUGUGUACUGUGGCACCGCGCGCCUCCGUACACAACUUAGCGGUUUUGACACUUUACGAAACCAUUAAUGUAUAUUUUACAACACAAAACGACAACACUCACUUAACCUUAAAUAUUUACAAAGCCGCCAACCACUUCACUAACGAGCUCACCAACAUUUUCGCUAACGACUUCACUAAUGAAAAAAUAAACGUUCUCACUAACGUUCCCACUAAUGUUCUCAUUUACAAAAGUAUUGCAGCGCUUCCCAUUGCUGUGCUUCACAUAACAGCUCAUAAUCUUCUGACUCACUUUCUUCUUCAUAUAGGUCAAAAUCACUGUCAUAGUUUAUACCUGUAA